CCUGACACCAUGUGCUGUUCCACGAGCUUCUGUGGAUUUCCCAUCUGCUCCACCGGUGGGACCUGUGGCUCCAGCUGCUGCCAGCCAAGCUGCUCCCAGACUAGCUGCUGCCCGUCAACCUGUAGCCAGACCAGCUGCUGCCAGCCACCCUGCGUCCAGACCAGCUGCUGUCAGCCACCCUGCGUCCAGACCAGCUGCUGCCAGCCAACCUGUGUCCAGACCAGCUGCUGCCAGACCAGUGGCUGUGAGAUCGGCAGUGGCAUUGGCAGUGGCAUUGGCUCUGGCCAGGAGGGUAGCAGUGGAGCUCAGAGCUACCGCAUCAGGUGGUGCCGCCCUGACUGCCGCGUGGAGGGCACCGUCCUGCCACCUUGCUGCGUGGUGAGCUGCACGCCCCCCACCUGCUGCCAGCUGUACCACGCCCAGGCCUCCUGCUGCCGCCCCUCCUACUGUGGGCAGUCCUGCUGCCUGCCAGCCUGCUGCUGCCCGUGCUCUGAGCCCACCUGCUAA